AAAGCAAGCCCAGUAAGCCCAACCUGCCCUCGCUCAGAGGAAUCCAACCAACUCCACUGGAUUCGCCGGCAAGGGGGAGACGAGACUCGAGAGAGAGAUUCGGAUGGAUUCGCCGGCGGAGACGCUGGUGGUCAGGAGCCCUCGGCAGACGGUCAGCCUUCUCCGCAACCGCAGCCGUCGGCCUCGAUUCGGCCGGGAACGGGAGCGGGAUCCCGCGGCGGCGGCGGCGGCGGGGCCCAAGCCAUCGGAGGUGUACGGAUUCGUGGGGUCCAUCACCACCGUGAUCGCCACGGCGGUGUACCUGGCGUGGGCGUACACGCCGGAGCCCUGGCUCAACUCGCUCGGCAUCACCUACUACCCCACCAAGUACUGGGCGGUGGCGGUGCCGGCGUUCGUCAUGGUGGCGGUGGCGCUCUCCCUGCUCGCCUACGUCGGCUCCAACUUCCUCGCAACUCCUACCCCGACAUCCUUCAACACAAUCUUCGAUGAGUACAGUCGAGAACGAGCCAACACGAUCGACGCAACAGAACAAGAAGAAGCAGAGAGGCCAAUCGAACCGAUUUCAGACAUGAGCAUUCAUCACAUCAACACCCUCAUGUUCCCCAACUGACUCACUCUCACUUGUAUAAAUUCAAAUCCCCAUUGUUUUGUCCUUGCUCACCAAAACGUAUUGCUAGUACUAUUCUUGCUCCCUUGUAUAUUGGACAAGCACAACUGUUAAUCUUUGUCGAGUCUAUAUAUAGACCAGACCGAUGGUGGAAGGAAAA